AUGCCAGGACCUGCAGUCUACGUCGUCGCAGCCAUGGGGGCCGUAGGGGCCGUAGCAGUGGGCAUCGCGUUCCAUCAGUUUGUGUACGAGCCCCUCAUUGCCCCCAAGCUCGAGGCGUUGGCAGAGAGCUUUCUCGAGAACCGCCGGCAGCGUUCGAGGCGACCAGUCCCUGUUCCUGCAGCACGAGUCAACGAGCAUGGCGAUGAAAACGGCUCUCGUCGCUCCAAUGAGAGGACCCGCGAUAACGGCGACCAGGUCACCACAUCUAUCGAGCUCGAACAGCUCGCCGCCAGCGAGAGGGCUGCCUGGAGACAUGCCACAGGGGCAUCCACAUCCGGUCUGCGUCACAGGAGGACGGCGGGGGCAUUGGACGAGUCCAAUGCGUCCCUCCCCCACCGCGUUCUGACCCCCAGUCAGCCCACGCACAUCCUCUUUGACUCCUCGGCGCCCUCCUCGCCCGGCGGCUUCUCGAGCGGGGAGAUGUCCUUCUCGAACAGCCCUGCGCAGCCGUCUAUCGGGCUCUCUACGAUCAACGCCUCCACUUCAAAGUCGUCCGCUCCCCCUCAAGACCCACAUCACCGCCUCCCCACGCCCGUGUCUGAGCGCUCUGUUCUCUCGCCCGUCCCACGGGCUGCGACGCCCCGGACCGCUCAAGCCCCCCGCUUCCCCCUCUCCGCACGCGAGUCUCCCGAAGCCGACCUCGCCGCGUCGCGCUUCUCCGCGUACACCACGCCAAUCGCGGGCUCGCUGCUCGACGACGACUCGCACCUCCGCGGCCUUCCGCAGUCGGGCUCGCGCAUACAGUCGCCCUUCUCGGACAUCCACUCCGCCGACGCACGCUCGAGUCCGGAGGCGCCCGCGGCGGCCUGCUCGCCGGUGUUCCCGGCGUCGCCGAGCGUGGGCAGCGACCUCACGCUAGACUCGGACGAGGAGUUCGACGUGAUGAGCCCGCGCUCGGCGAUGUUCAGCCCGCCCGCGCACGCGGAGGACAUCGACCCGUUCGAGCUCGCGUCGCACGGGAGCGAGGCGUCGUGGGCCAGCGUCGGCCGGCGCUCGCCCGUCGACUUCUGA